AUGGCGUGUGCGCUAGAAAAAAUUAAUACUUUCCCUAAUUACCAUUUACACACUUCAUUCUCUUAUCGUUAUUCAUUCGCUCCCCCUGGAUACUUGGAAACUAAUACACGAUUUUGGGAAUUUAAGAUUGAGAGCGGGAUAACAACGUAUGUCCGGUUCGGCAAGAAAGAACCGGACGGGAAAUUGAAAGAGCGCGCGACACAAAUACAGCAUCACCAGUCAUCAGAAGACGCGCGGCAGUUUAUCGAAAAAAUGAUUGAUGAUAAAAUCAAUGCUGGCUAUGUCGGGUGGGCGGAGUGGUAA